AUGUCAGACCAAUUAUACUGCAACAUGCUGCACUGUGCUUUUUUCCUGCUCCUGCAAGAAUGGGAAACAGCACAAUUCCCUGGCAGAGUAGCAAGCCACAAAAAGAGGAGGAAUUUGGAAACAGUCGAGCCAGUCGAGGCUACCAAGUCCCCCUUCCAGUCGGAACUUCUGAAGGUGCUCCUGGAUGUGCGGCACGAGGUGCACCCUCUCCGCCAGGACACGGCACAGGUCCUGGCAAACCAGGACCAGCUGGCAGUGCGCAUCGCUCAGCUUGAGCAUGCGAACUGCCUGCCUGAUGCCCCAGUGCCGCCAGCGGUUUUUAUUUUACCGCUGGCGACAAUGGAAGAUUUUGAGGCGGCAGAGAGGCGCCUCAUCAACCCUGCCGAUCAGGCUGUCCCGAAGGAGCAGCUCUCCGGCCUGGGUGGCACCACAAUCGUGGAGGCUGUGCGGCGCACCCUGGAGCGGCUCCUGCGGAAGCAGGUGCAGAUGCACUUCAGCAUCUGCGGCCGCAGGGGCAACAAGCGGCCGUUCAGGGGCACACAGCUCUGCACCGUGGCCGUUGCUAUGAUCCGGAGCCGAGUGGAAGGAAACGUGGCAGACGUAGAGCGGGCCAUUGGGGACUACUUGGCUGGGGCCCCGGAUCGCGAGGGAGGCAGGGCUGAGAGGAUGGCCAAGAAGAUUCGGGACACGGCCAUCCUCUCAGCCCAAUUCGUCACUGUCCUGCCCAGCAGCCUGCCAGAAAGGGACUUUGACAUCCACCCCGGCGUUCACGCUGACACCCUGAGCAACAGCUCACAGACGUGA